GUGUAUAAAAGAUCUGGUUUGUCCAGUGUGGGGACCAAACCAGCUACCACACACCUCACACUUCAACAGCCAACUCUAGUCCAGCUACAGCAACCAUGUACACAUCCAUCUUUGCCGUACUUCUCUUGGCCACCGCCGCCCUCGCUAGCAACUACGGCUACGGCCAUGGUGGCUACGGCUACGGUGGAUUCGGUGGAUUGGGCGGAUUCGGUGGAGGCUUUGGUGGAAUCGGAGGAUUCGGUGGCAUUGGAGGAGGUUAUGGAGGAUAUGGUGGAGGCUUCGGUGGCAUUGGAGGCGGCCAUGGUGGAAUUGGUGGAGGCUACGGUGGAAUUGGAGGUUUCGGUGGAAUUGGUGGAGGUUUCGGUGGAUUAGGAGGAUACGGAGGUUACGGCCAUGGAGGUGGUCAAGGUUACCUCCCCGUCAUUUACGGAAAAGGCAACUAUUACUAAAUGUUUGGCCAAGAAAAGACCGACAACUCUAAACUGUGUCCUGCUAUUCAACCAUUUAAUAAGCUGGUUUACACUUGAAUAAAUAAA